GGCAUUCGCCACAUCUUGAGGGAGCGGUUAAGAUGUCUUAUGGUAUUACAGUCCACCACUCUGUAAUUAUAGGUGGUUCUUAGCACCUUCUUAUAAAAAACCUGCAUCCUAUGAACCUGCAGGAUGACUAACUAGCUGUAAAGAGAAAGAUGGCAGAUAGGGAUAUUGGUUUGUCAUGUAUUUGUCGCUCUUUAAUUUCAGUGUUAUUGGUUCUGUGACUUGGACAAUUUAUAAAUAGUCCGUCCAUAUGUUUUGUGGCAAAUAGUUUAGUUUAUAGUUUAGAUUUUACAAUUCAUUAGUUAAGGCAAUAAGUCAAAAUUUUGUGAGUAAAAAAUGGGUGAGCCAACUGUUCCAAUAUGCGAUGCAGAAGCUUUGAAAUUAUGCAACGAGAACAAAAUACCAGAAGACACAAAUGAAUUCAUUAUGCAACAAACAAUGUAUAGGAUAAAAGAUCCUAGGAAGUCAUUGCCAUUUUAUAAUCAAGUACUUGGUAUGAAGUUGUUAACUAAAUUGGACUUCCCUGAAAUGAAAUUCUCCUUGUACUUCAUGGGCUUUGAAGAUGAUAUUGGAACAAUUGAACUUUCAUGCCAGGAAAGGGUAGCCUGGGCAUUAGGCAGGAAAGCUACUAUAGAGCUAACACACAACUGGGGUACAGAAAAUGAUUGUAAUUACAAGCCACAUAAUGGAAAUCAAGAACCUAAAGGAUUUGGACAUAUAGGAAUCGCAGUACCAGACGUCUAUGCAGCAUGCGAACGUUUUGAAAAGCUUGGAGUAAAUUUCGUGAAAAAACCAGACGACGGCAAGAUGAAGGGGAUUGCUUUCAUCACAGAUCCGGAUGGCUACUGGAUAGAAAUUUUUAACGGCAAAACUGUUGCAACCAUGGACAAAACGAAGCUCUGAAACAAAUUAUGCAAAUGAUGAUUUUGAGUGAUUGCUGAUAACAGCUGUGAAGCCACCAUAUAGAUCCGGGAAAAACGAAUUGAAAUAGAAUUUUCUCCAAAUAAAUUACUCUUAUCAUACUACGGAUUCUAUCCUGUAAAAUGAGAGCAAAAAUAAAAAUGUCUACAGCUUUCCUGUUUCCUUCUUUUGUUGCUUAGAAUUUUAGGAACAUUCAUUGCUUUGUGUUAUUGUAUAAGAUUUCGUUAUUACGUCAAGUAAACCUAUGAAAGCAUC